AUGAUUUUUCAAUCUUUUAUACUGGAUAAUCUAGUAUUCUUAUGCAUGAAGAUAAUUAAUUCGAUAGUUGUGGUCGGACUCUAUUAUGGAUUUCUGACCACAUUUUCCAUAGGGCCCUCUUAUCUCUUCCUUCUUCGAGCUAGGCUUGUGGAAGAAGGGACCGAGAAGAAAAUAUCAGCAACAACUGGGUUUAUUACGGGACAGCUCAUAAUGUUCAUAUCGAUCUAUUAUGCGCCUUUGCAUUUAGCAUUGGGUAGACCCCAUAUAAUAACUGUCAUAGCUCUACCCUAUCUUUUAUUUCAGUUCUUCGGCAAUAAUCACAAAAACUUUUUGAAUUAUGGAUACAAGAAUCCAAAUUCAAUACGUAAUUUUAGUAUUCAAAGAAUCUUCUUUCAUAAUCUUAUUUUUCAGUUAUUAAACCCCUUUUUUUUACCAAGUUCAAUAUUAAUAAGAUUAGUAAAUAUUUAUUUGUUUCGAUGCAACAAUAAAUUUAUAUUUUUAAUAAGUAGUUUUAUUGGUUGGAUAAUUGGUCACACUUUUUUUAUGAAAUGGAUUGAAUUUAUAUUAGUCCGCAUACAGCAAACUAAUUCGAUUAAAUCUAACGUACGUAUUCAAUCAAAUAAAUACAUUAUGUCAGAAUUUAGAAAUUCUAUGUUGAAAAUCUUUCUUGUUUUCUUAUUUAUUACUUGUUUAUAUUAUUUAGGAAGAGUACCCCCCCCUUUUUUUAGUAAGAAAUUGUCAGAAAUUCAAGAAACCCAUGAAAUUUAUAAAAAAGGAAAAAAAAUAGAUGUCGAAAAAAAUUUGCAAAGAGUACAAACUAAACAAAAACAAAAAAGAUCCAACAAUAAAGAGGGUUUUCUUUCUCUUUUUUCGAAAAACGAAAAUAAUUUAUACAAAAUUGACGAGGAGAAAUAUAAAUUAGGGUUUGUUAAAAAACCUCUCGUAAACAUUCUUUUCAAUUAUAAACGAUGGAAUCGUCCAUUUCGAUAUAUAAAAAAUAAUCGAUUUGAAAAUGUCGUAAAAAAUGAAAUUUCAGAAUUUUUUUUUCAUACAUGUCAAAGUGAUGGAAAAGAAAGAAUAUCUUUUAUGUAUCCACCAAAUUUAUCAACUUUUCAUAAAAUGAUGGAAACCAAAUUUUAUCUCUUCACAAAAGAUAAAAUUUCCUGUGAUGAAUUGUCUAAUUAUUGGAGCUAUACUAAUGAAGAAAAAAGAAACAAAUUGAGCAAUGAAUUUGUAAAUAGGGCAAAAGUAAUGGAUAAGGAAUUAAUUUCUCUGGAUAUAUUAGAAAACCGAAUUCGAUUGUCUAAUGAUGAAACUAAAACAAAAUAUUUAACUAAAAUAUAUGAUCCUUUCCUGAACGGACGCUUUCGUGGACAAAUCGAAAAUGUUUUUUCAACCUCAAUCCAAUAUGAAAAAAAUGAAAAAAAAAAUACCAUUUUGAUAAAUAAAAUUCAUGGUAUCCUUAUUUCUAAUAAUACUUAUAAAAAAAAUAAUAGUAAUUAUCCAGAAUUAGAGAAAAAAAUAAAUAUAUUUGAUAGAAAAUCUUUAGUAACUACAUUUUUUUUUUUCAAUCUAAUCAGUAAAUUUUCAAAAAAAUUAGUAUCAAGCUUGAGUUUUGAAGCACUUUCUUUAUUUCCAGAACAUGAACAAGUAAAAAUAAAUUAUGAAGAAGAAAAAAAACAAAUAAUAAAAAUAUUAUUUGAUGCAAUUAGAACUGAUUUGAACGAAAAAACAAUAGUAAAUGGAAAUAGAACAAAGUGUAUUAGAAUAAACGAAAUCCGUAAAAAAGUUCCUCGAUGGUCAUACAAAUUUAUUGACGAAUUGGAACAACUGGAGGGAAAAAAUGAAGCAGAGAAUUAUCAAAUUCGUUCUAGAAAAGCCAAACGUGUAGUAAUUUUGACUAAUAAAUCUAAAUUUUUUAAGAAGUACGAUACUUAUAAUCCUACAGGAGAUACUGAUAACGCUGAAAAAAAAAAAAAUGAAUUGGCUUUAAUACGUUAUUCCCAACAAUCGGAUUUUCGGCGAGACAUAAUCAAAGGAUCUAUACGUGCUCAAAGGCGUAAAACAGUUACUUGGAAAUUUUUUCAAAAAAGGGUGCAUUCCCCCCUUUUUUUGGAUAAAAUUGAAAAACCUUUAUUCUUUUCUUUUGAUAGUUUCAAAUCAAUGAAAAUAUUUUUUAUGUUCAAAAUUUGGAUGCGAAAAAAGGAAGAAUUUGAAAUUUCUAGUUAUACAGAGGAAAGGGCAAAAGAAAGUUCGAAAAAAGAGGAGGAAAAAAAAAAGGAAAAUGAGGAAAGAAAACGUAUAGAAAUAGCAGAAGCCUGGGAUAGCAUUAUAUUUGCUCAAGUAAUAAGAGGUAUUUUAUUAAUAACCCAAUCCAUUCUUAGAAAAUAUAUUCUAUUACCUUCAUUGAUAAUAACUAAAAAUAUUGCUCGUAUACUAUUUUUUCAAUUUCCCGAAUGGUCGGAAGAUUUUAGGGAUUGGAAGAGAGAAAUGUAUAUUAAAUGCACAUAUAAUGGUGUUCAAUUAUCCGAAAGAGAAUUUCCAAAAAAAUGGCUAACAGAUGGUAUUCAGAUAAAGAUCUUAUUUCCUUUUCGUCUCAAACCUUGGCACAAAUCUAAGCUACGAUCCAAUGAAAAGAAAAAGGAUCUAAUGAAAAAAAAGAACUUUUGUUUUCUAACAGUUUGGGGGAUGGAAGUCGACUUGCCCUUUUCUGGUUCUCCCCAAAAAAAUAGAUUUUCAUCAUUUUUUGACCCCAUUUUUAAAGAACUAAAAAAAAAAACGAAACAAUUUCAAUUUUUCACUUUUCGAGUUCUAAAAGUUUUAAGUGAAAAAUUGAAAUUGUUUCUAACUAUCUUAAUAGAAAAAGCAAAAAGGAUUAGCAAAAGUAUUAUCGAAAGUAUUCUUAAAAGUAUUCUCAAAAGUAUUCUAAGCCUAACGAAAAUAAAACAAUUUUUCAAAUUGCUAUUUAUUAAAUUUAAAUUCAAAAAGAUAGAUGAAUUGAGCGAAAAUAAAAAAGAUUCAACAAUUUAUAAGAAUAAUCCAAUGAUUUCUGAAACAACCAUUUCAAUUCAAUCGAUAAAUUCAGUAAAUUGUUCAUUGAAAAAAAAAAAAAUAAAGGAUCUUAAUGCUAAAAGAAAAGCAGUUAUAAAAAAAAUUGAAAAAAUUAAAAAGGGGCUUGUAAUUUCAGAGACAAAUAUUCAUUCAAACAAAACAACUUAUGAUAGUAAAAGGGUAGAAUUCGAAAAAAAAAAAUUGCAGAUAUUACAAAGAAGAAGAAAUGCUCGAUUAACUCGUAAAUCACAUUCUUUUUUUAAAUUUUUCAUGAAAAGGAUAUACAGAGAUAUAUUUCUAUAUAUCAGUUGUAUUCCGAGGAUCAAUAUACAACUUUUUCUUGAAUUAACAAAAAAAUUUUUAAAUAAAUCCAUUUACGAUAAUGAAGCAAAUGCAGAAAGAAUUUAUAAAACAAAUCAAAGUAUAAUUCGCUUUAUUUCAAUUUUACACAAAUAUUUUCAUACUAGAAAUCCGAAUUCACAUAAUUCUUGUGACAUCUCCUUUUUGUCACAAGCAUAUGUAUUUUUUAAUUUAUUACACACCCGAAUUAUUAACAUAAACAUCUAUAAGUUAAGAUCUGUUUUUCAAUAUCAUGGAAUUUUUUUUUUUCUGAAAAAUGAAAUAAAGGAUUCUUUUUUUGGAGCACAAGGAAUAUUUCAUUAUAAAUUAAAACAUAAUAACCCUCUCAAUUCUGUAAUAAAUCAAUGGACAAAUUGGUUAAAGGAUCAUUAUUAUCAAUAUGACUUAUCUAAAAGUAGAUGGUCCAGAUUAGUACCACAAAAAUGGAGAAAUAGAAUAACUGAAUAUCGUAUAGCUCAAAAUAAAGAUUUAACCAAAUGCAAUUCAUAUGAAAAAAGCCAAUUAAUUCUUUACAAAGAACAACAAGUAAACGCAUUAAAAAAAAAAAUUAGAAAACAAUAUAGAUACGAUCUUUUAUCCUAUAAUUUUAUCAAUUAUGCAGAUAAGAAAGACUCAUAUAUUUAUGGAUAUAGAUCCCUAUUUCAAGUAAAAAAAAACCAAGUGAUUUCUUCUAAUUACAACACGUAUAAAAAAGAAUUAUUUGAUAUCAUAGAUAAUCUCUUUAUCAAGAAUUAUAUAUCGGAAGAUGCGAUUCUAGAUAUGGAAAAAAAUCUGUAUAGAAAGUAUUUUGAUUGGAUGGGAAUCAAUAGAGAAAUACUAAAUCGUUCCAUAUCGAAUCCAGAAUUUUGGUUCUUUUCAAAAUUUGUGAUAUUUUAUGACGCAUAUAGGGGUAACUCGCAGGUUAUACCAAUUAAAUUACUUUUUUUUUCUUCUAAUGUAAAUCAAAAUGUUAGUGAAAAUAAAAAGAACAUUACUAGAAAGAAAAAAAAUGAAUCUCUUGAAUUGGAGUUAGAGACUCGAAAUCGGGCAAAAGCAGAAUACCCUGAUCAACGAAAUCUUGAAUCAUCUAUCUCAAACCAAGAAAAAGAUAUUGAAAACGAUUAUGUAGGAUCAGACAGUGAAAAGAAUAGUAAGGGUAUAAAGAAAAAGAAAGACAAGAACAAGAUGGAGGCAGAACUUAAUUUCUUACUAAGAAAUUUUUUGAUUUUACAUUUAAAUUGGAAUAAUUUCUUAGGUCAAAGAAUAUUUAACAAUGUCAAAGUAUAUUGUCUCCUGAUUAGAUUAAAAAAUUUAAGAGAAAUUACAAUAGCCUCUAUUCAAAGAGGAGAACUAGGUCUAGAUAUUAUGAUGAUUCAAAAUCAGAAGAAUUUAAUUCUUCUAGGCUUAAGGAAAAAGAAAAAUAACAAAUUUAUGAAAAAAGAAAUAUUUGUUAUCGAACCAGUUCGCCUGUCUAGAAAAAACAAUAAACAAUUUUUUAUGUAUCAAACCAUAGGUCUUUCAUUAAUUCAAAAGAAUAAACGCAAAAUUUAUCACAAAUACCCAGAAAAAAUUCAUGUUAAUAAGAAAAAUUUUUAUAAAUAUAUUACAAGAACAAGAGAUCAAAAAAUAACAGAAAAAAAAGAAAAAGAUAAUUCUGAUUUACUUGUUCCUGAAAACAUUUUAUCCGCUAGACGUCGUAGAGAAUUGAGAAUUCUAAUUUGUUUAAAUCCAAAUAAUAUAAAUAGUAUGCAUAGAAACACAAUAUUUUAUAAUCCAAAUAAAGUCCAAAAUGGUUUUCCACUUUUGACUAAAAAAAGAAAAUAUUUUGAGAAAGAUAAAAAAAAACUAAUGAAUUUCAAAAUUUUUCUUUGGCCAAAAUAUCGAUUAGAAGAUUUAGCUUGUAUAAAUCGAUAUUGGUUUAAUACCCAUAAUGGAAGCCGUUUCAGUAUAGUAAGGAUACAUAUGUAUCCGCGAAUGAAAAUUCGUUAA